AUGGAGAUUGAGUCAGUGAAGUGCGAUUGUUGUGGGUUGAAGGAGGAUUGCACGCAAGACUACAUCAGCGAAGUGAAGUCCAAGUUUGAUGGAAAAUGGUUAUGUGGGUUGUGUUCAGAAGCAGUGAGAGAUGAAGUGAGCCAUGGAGGGAAAAUGGCAUCAUCAGCUAUGGAUGAAGCUGUGAAGGCUCACAUGUCAUUCUGCCGCAAGUUCAAAUCAAACCCUGCAGUUAGAGUGGCAGAGGGGAUGAGACAGAUGCUGAGGAGAAGGUCUGGAGACUUAUCACAAUCUCCAUCUUCAUCAAAGAAGUACACAAGGUCAACCAGCACUUCUCAAGUCGGAGAUUCUUCAAGUUUCGGUUUGUACUGA